UGUUUCAAAUCGGACAUAGAAAGGUGUGACAACUCAGCGCCUCCCAAACAUCCGCUGUGGCUAGCAGGGUUAUGAAAGCCUGAUCAGCUUAGUUCAGACUGAUGGCCUAGUUUGCAUGGCUUAUUUAGGACCUCGGCUGGGAGUGUCACGCAUCUUUGCGCCCCGUGUGAUCGUGUUCCGACUCCUCGGCACUGUCGGGAUGGACGACAUGGGUCUGGCAUUGGGUCGGUCCGCUUUGGAGCGGCUGGACUUUGACAACGUCGUCCUGAAGAAACUUCCCCUAGACCCGUCCGAGGAAGCGGGGGUGCGACUGGUGAAAGGAGCGUGUUUCUCUCGAGUUAAGCCUGAGCCGCUGAACAACCCUCGGUUCGUGGCCGUUUCGCUUGACGCCCUGGCACUGCUGGGGCUCGACGGAGACGAGGUCAUGAACGACCCUCUCGGACCGGAGUACCUGAGCGGAUCCAAAGUCAUGCCUGGAUCCGAGCCCGCGGCUCACUGCUACUGCGGUCACCAGUUCGGACAGUUUGCCGGGCAGCUGGGGGACGGAGCUGCCUGUUACCUAGGAGAGGUGAAGGUUCCUCCGGGACAAAAUCCAAAGUUCCUCCGAGAAAAUCCAAGCGGCCGGUGGGAGAUCCAAGUGAAAGGAGCGGGACAGACUCCCUAUUCCAGAAAAGCUGAUGGCCGAAAAGUCCUGCGAUCCAGUGUAAGAGAAUUCCUUUGCAGUGAGGCUAUGUUCUUCCUCGGUAUUCCCACCACCAGAGCAGGCUCUGUGGUUACCUCUGACAGCAAGAUCUUAAGGGAUGUGUACUACAGCGGGAAUCCCUCUUACGAGAGAUGCUCAGUAGUCCUCCGCAUUGCUCCCACCUUCCUCAGGUUUGGAUCCUUUGAGAUCUUUAAGCCGGCUGACGAGUUCACGGGGCGGCAGGGUCCCAGUUAUGGACGUGAAGAGAUCCGAGGUCAGAUGUUGGAUUAUGUCAUUGAGACGUUUUAUCCUGAAAUCCAACAGAACCAUCCAGACCGGGUGGAAAGAAAUGUGGCCUUCUUCAGAGAGGUGAUGUGUCGUACAGCUCAACUCGUGGCUCAGUGGCAGUGUGUUGGAUUUUGUCACGGAGUUCUGAACACCGACAAUAUGAGCGUGUUGGGACUCACACUGGACUAUGGUCCAUAUGGCUUCAUGGACAGGUUUGAUCCAGAUUUCAUUUGCAAUGCAUCAGACAACUCUGGUCGAUAUUCAUACAAGGCACAGCCGGCUAUCUGCAGGUGGAACCUGGUGAAGCUGGCAGAAGCUCUGGCUCCAGAGUUGCCAACGGAUCGAGCUAAAGCUGUGAUAGAUGAAUACCUGGAUCAAUUCAAUCGCUCCUACCUGGAGAACAUGAGGAAGAAACUGGGCCUACUGAGAAAGGAGGAGCCUGAGGAUGAGAUCCUGAUCACUGAGCUGCUACGGACCAUGCACGACACCGGUGCUGACUUCACUAACACCUUCCGCAGCUUGUCUCAGAUCUCCUGUCCAUCAGAGAGAGAAACUGAACAAGACAAGGAGAUUGUUAAGAAAGCCACAGAACUCUUUCUUGCACAGUGUGCUUCUUUGGAGGAGCUAAAGUCAGCGAACACACCCACAAUGGAUCCACGUGAGUUGGCAAUGCUGCUCUCUAUGGCUCAGAGCAACCCCACUCUGUUUGAGAUGAUCUCAGACAGGGCGACCAUCGCAAGGCAGUUGGACAGAAUGAGUAAAUUGAAAGUCCUGAUGGAGACCAGUCAGGAGGAGCUGAGAGCCAGGCAGGCUCAGGAGUGGACCUCCUGGAUCACACUCUAUAGGAAACGCCUGGCCUGCGAGCUGGAAGGCCAGAGCGACGUGCAGGUCUUGCAGGAGGAGAGGGUGAGGGUGAUGAACAGCACCAACCCUCGCGUGGUGCUUAGAAACUACAUUGCGCAGAAUGCAAUAGAGGCUGCAGAGAAUGGGGACUUCUCUGAAGUCCAACGGGUCCUCAAGGUUCUGGAGAAGCCCUUUUUUUCUCAGCCAGGACUGGAGCUCCCUGCUUGGGUGGGUUCACAUGGGAGCACUGCACAGGGGGAAAGGGAUGAAAGAGAGGAGCAAGAGCAGAGAGCCUCUGCUUCAUCAACUGCCAUAGACCCUGUGCCGUACGACAGCAAGCCUCCAGCAUGGGCACGCCAAAUCUGUGUCACAUGAUCUUCAUAAACAAGUCCUUAUUUGCUGUCCUGCCUAAAAAAAAAAAACAAAGUUGGAAGGUGUUGAUAGUUUUCUUACCUUUUAUAUCCCUUUACUUGGUGUCCAACUUUCUUUUCAGCUUUGGCAAGGCAGCAACAAGGGAGUUAAAAGAGGAGUGGCUCUUCACAGAUUAGCAUGAUGACACAAAACAGACGAGAGGUUGAUGGUGACUCAUUUCUUCCAUUGCUAAAGGCUUUCAAAUUUAAACAGUUUGGGUUUUAUUUUUAGACAUUUAUUAAAGUAGAUGACAAGAAAUGUCUUGAGGUAAGUCAUGGUUCUGGAUGUAAUAUACAGGUUCCAGAGGGAAAAAGUCUCUGAAGUGCACUCCUUUGGAGGGUUGUUUUUCCAACUGUACAGAAACCAAACAUGGCUCACGUCCACCCUGUCUGUUCAGUGUCACUUCUGCUAUUUAUGAUGAGUCAGGUAACAAGUCCCACAUUGACCUGCCUGCCUCUGACAAACUGUGUGCUGUCACUUCAAGAGCAUACCAUAUAUAAGGACUGUGUGAGUAAGUCUAAAGGAGUGUCAUUUCAGUUAAGAGCGAAACCAAAACUUCCGUUCAAAAACACGCACAACUAGUUCUUCAAUAAAUGACACGUUUUUAUGUAUUUAUAACCUAAAUAAAAAGUUUAUGUUGGGGUUCGGACCCUAUUUUUUCUUUUGUUUCUUAAUUUGUUCAUACGGGCAAGUAUAAAUAAACAUUAUCAAACCUGGACGUAACUGUUUACUCAUGAGUAUUAACGAAUAGAAAAAUAUUUCAGUUGCUGUUAUUUUCAGGCAAAUGUAUAUUAAAUGUAGAAAUGAGCUCUUCAUCAGUAAUAGCCUUACCUGUUUUUAUUAAACCUUUUAGCAGAC